ACCUGCUGCCCUACAAUAACGGGACCAAAGACAGCAGCCUCACGGGACAGCGCGCAGUACGCAUCGCAGAGGAUACGCGCACGCUUGAUGUCAAUUCUACAUCCAUGGUGUCAUUAGACAACGUGCAUGUGCAGGGACAUCUGCCUGUCGGCACUUCUUUAUUUAGAAAUAACAUAUAGCAUGAGGACUGAAUGCGUGGGAUCUGGGUGAACGAAGACACAUUAAUUCUGGACAUUAUUUUUGGAUUCAAUUGGAUGAUAGGAAUGCUUUGGAAUUUGGCGUAAAUUAUGUCUUAUAUAGGUUGCUCUCCUCUCUAGUGCGCUCAAAGGCAGCAAGGCAGGUGCAUUUUAUGCGCACGCUUGAACCGUUUUUGUACAGUUUCUCAUUUUUGGGACAUUAAUGGUCUUACUGACGUCGAGUGUAUAGGACAUACCUGUUUUUCAAGUGCGCAUAUGUUCUGGACAAUUCCUGAAGCAUUCAUUUAACACAUGGCAUCUACAAUAGAGAGAAAGACCUUGGAGGCUAACGAGGAACCCGUUGAUGAGGUGCUUCAGAUGCCACCCUCACUCCUAACGUGCGGCGGGUGUCAGCAGAGCAUCGGGGACCGUUUCUUCCUUAAGGCUAUCGAACAGUAUUGGCAUGAGGAUUGCCUAAGCUGUGACCUCUGCGGCUGCCGCUUGGGGGAGGUGGGCCGCAGGCUUUACUACAAACUUGGCAGGAAGCUGUGUAGAAGGGACUACCUCAGGCUAUUUGGUCAGGAUGGGCUCUGUGCUUCUUGUGAAAAGAGGAUCCGGGCCUUUGAAAUGACAAUGCGUGUCCGUGACAAAGUAUACCACCUUGAAUGCUUCAAAUGUGCCGCCUGUCAGAAACACUUCUGUGUUGGAGAUCGCUACCUGCUAAUCAAUUCGGACAUUGUGUGCGAACAGGACAUUUUUGAGUGGACCAAACUGAAUGGCAACAUGAUCUAGUUUUCUCCCCGUCACAAACCCCGUAUGUAGUCAAUUCAAUUUUUACCCAAAAAAAAUUUAGCUCUAGAAGCCACGAUCAGAAACAUUUUCUAAAUGAUCAAUUCUUUUUUUCUUUAAUUAUAAUUUAAUUAAAAUUUUCUUUUUUUAUUCAGUUGUGACAAGCUACGAGCAGCGUACAAUUGUUUUUCUAUUUAAUUUUUAUCAAAUAACUACACAAAAACAGUUUGUAAUGUAUUGCAAUAAACUCUAUUUCCCUUUGAUACUUUCAUAGAAAGUAAUACUAUAAGAAAUGUUAAUGUGAAGACACUUGCUUAGAGCAUUACCUAUGCUUUCCACCCAAAACAAACAGCAUAGAGCCAUUUGUUCUUUUACACACUGUGUUACAUCUGUAUGUAUUAAUAGGUGUGUUUGUUAUAUAAAGGAGAAAGAAUUACUGACAGCAAUAAAUUACUUUACUUAAC